AUGUCUUCCGUAUCCCUUGAUCUAGCUCGCUCUAAUCUGUUUAAGACACCCCUAGACAAUUUGACCCAAGAUGAAAAAAUAUCACUUGGCUAUCAACAAGCUCGAGCGGCCGCCCGUGCCUUCGGUAUCACAAUCGACGACAUUCUGAACCUCACACCUAAAUUCUGGGCCUACCAUUCAGACCCAAUUCAUGGGGUUAGCUAUGCAUCCCUAGUAUUGGUCACAAUUCAAUAUAAUUUGGUCGCUGGGACGAUAGGACCGUACCUGGCACAGAGGCCUGAUUUGAAGGGAUUAAUGGAAUCUGUGAUGAAUUUUGAUGUAAAUGGGCAAUUUCUUUUGACAGAAAUCGGUCAUGGAUUGGAUACUCAGAGCAUUGAGACGACAGCAACUCUGCUAGAUGACGGAUGUUUUGAUCUUCACUCUCCGACCCCAGAGGCCGCGAAAUAUAUGCCACCAACAACCCCAGUAAAGGGCUUUCCUCGCUUUGCAUUGGUCAUUGCACGGCUCAUUGUUGCUGGCGAGUUUCAUGGUCUGAGAGCUUUUAUUGUGUGGUUGAAUGACGGUGAGAGAAUGAACAAUGGAGUGACUUCAAAAAGGGUGCCGAAUCGCCUUGGGGCGAAACCUAUCGAUCAUUCCAUUACUUUCUUCAAUCAUGUCAGACUUCCUAGUUCUGCGCUCUUGGGCUCCAUUGAGAAGCCAAAAAAUAUGCGAACUCAAUUUCUGUCUGUGAUUUGGCGCGUUAUGGUUGGUUCACUCAGCCUACCAACAAUGUUGGUCCCCUUAAUGAAGCGUGCCGUUUAUGUUGCCGGUAAAUACAGCAUUCGACGCCACAUUCAUGAUAAUCAUGGGGGGCGUGUUCCUAUUAUCUCCUUUCGAACCCAACAACAGCCAAUAUUGCAUACCCUGGCCAAGACAAAAGUCUUUGAACCAUUCAUUCAAGAAUGUAUAAGAAUGUUCAGGGAUCCGAGCCUAGACAAGAACGUGCGGCAUGGAAUUGGAGCUAUUGCUAAGGCUGUUCUUUGCUCAGCAUUUCAAGAGAGCUUGUUUGGCCUUGCUGAGCGAUGCGGGUCACAAGGACUAUUCCAUUACAAUCACAUCAUUGAGAACUACAUGGAAGGAUGGGGUGCAUCCAUUGCGGAAGGGGAUGUCUUGGUGUUGUGUAUAAGUGAGUCCCUCGAGCGUCACCCUUCUAGACAAGGCUCAACCAAAAACACAUAG